UGUGCGGAGGUGGAGGAGCGGCUGGUGAGUCACCUGUUGUCACCGGAGCGCUACAACAAGCUGAUCAGACCAGCUGUCAACAACAGCCAGCAGGUCACCAUUUACAUCCAGGUGUCUUUGGCCCAGCUGAUCAACGUGAAUGAGAGGGAGCAGAUCAUGACCACCAACUGUUGGCUCAGUCAGGUAUGGAAUGACUACAGAUUAAUGUGGAACCCUGAUGAGUACGAAGGAAUCAAGAAAAUCCGGCUCCCUUCACAACACAUCUGGCUGCCUGACAUUGUCCUUUACAACAAUGCUGAUGGGACCUAUGAAGUCUCCUUCUACUCCAAUGCUGUUGUCUCCAACAAUGGCGAGGUGAACUGGCUCCCACCAGCUAUCUACAAGUCAGCAUGCAAAAUUGAAGUCCGGGAUUUUCCUUUCGACCAGCAGAACUGCACCCUCAAGUUUCGCUCCUGGACCUAUGACCACACUGAGAUCGAUCUCAUUCUCCUCAGUGAUUACGCCUCACGUGACGAUUUCAAACCCAGUGGUGAGUGGGAUAUUGUCUCACUGCCUGGACGCAAGAAUGAAGACCCUAAUGACAUCAGGUACCUGGAUAUAACCUAUGACUUUAUUAUCAAGAGAAAACCUCUCUUCUACACCAUCAACCUGAUAAUUCCCUGCAUCCUGAUCACGUCACUGGCUAUUCUAGUGUUCUACCUCCCGUCAGACUGUGGUGAGAAGAUGACUCUCUGUAUCUCUGUCCUCUUGGCCCUGACUGUGUUUUUACUCCUUAUCUCAAAGAUUGUGCCACCCACGUCCUUAGCAGUGCCUCUGAUUGGAAAGUAUCUGAUGUUUACAAUGGUGCUGGUCACCUUCUCCAUCGUCACCAGCGUUUGCGUGCUCAAUGUGCACCAUCGAUCCCCCAGUACUCACACCAUGCCUCCCUGGGUCAAGCGUGUCUUCCUUUACCGGCUCCCCUCUUUCCUCUUCAUGCGGAGACCAGGCAGCUCCAACAUCCGUGAGAAGUUCCGGAAAAAACACCAGCAGCGAUCAUACUCUGACCAGAAGCUGCGUGGAGCCGAUGGAGGGACUGGGAGUUCUGCGGGAAUGGCAGAUUCCUCCUCGUCCUUUUUUGUGAAUGAGGAUUCGGCUAAACGUUAUGGCUGGAAGAUAAGCGACUUGUCAGAGAACACAGAGUUCAGGAAGAGGAUGACGCUCAAGUGUAACAUUGAUGUGGAGGAUGCGGUGGAUGGAGUGCGCUACAUCGCUGAGAAGAUGAAGAGCGAGGAUGAUGAUGAAGGGAUCAUUGAGGACUGGAAGUACGUGGCCAUGGUGAUCGACCGUCUCUUCCUGUGGAUCUUUGUGUUUGUGUGUGUGGUCGGGACGCUGGGCCUGUUCAUGCAGCCUCUCUUCCAGAGUUACAACACUCCCAUUAUUGAUGACAUGGACCGUAACUGAAGUCUGCAAUGUCAUCAUGAACUUUGAGUGCCCCCCCAAAAAACAGAGCUCUGAUGACACAUGAACUCACACGUCCGCCUCACACCACACGCUCACCGGGAGAUUAUAAUGAUGCACUUUAGCCCUCUGCCACCACCUGCUCCCUUCUUUACUUCCACCCCUUGUCCCAUCAUCUUUCAUGUGUGCUGCCAUCCUCUGCUCCACUCAUCUGUCAGCAAAUGGGAUCAAAUUAUUUCAGUUAGUUAAUGGAACAACUUGGGUCCUAUUUUCAUAGUUUGGCCAUUCAGUAGACUGGAAUGAAUUAGAUCGCACUGUUACAGGUGAUCUGGGAAUGUGGACGAUACACAGGAUGUGCGCCAAACUUGGUACCAGGACACCCGAAUUCCCUGGGUUAGCCAAACUAAUUUGAAUGAGUAAAAAAAGGGCAAACAGUGCAUUUAUAACGUAAAAUGUCUGUUGUAUCAUAGUUAAUAAAUGAACUCCCUGGUUCAACACUGACCUUCUUUACUUAUAUGUGCACAGAUAUUGCACUGAGUGGGAUAUUCAAUGAUAUAAUCAAAAGACACAAUGACCAAAAUGAGAAAAAUAAGACCCAUGUUAAGAAUGAACCAGAAUUAAUCUUUUAUUUCAAAACAUAACGUGAAACCCUCUAUUAGCCAUGACAUUCUUUGUUGGGGAUCAACAUAGAUCCGUAGUGUCUAAUGGCAUGUAGCAGUGUUUAAAAAAGAAAACUUUUAAUUAAAAUGGUUAAA